UUCUGAAAGGGGGUAACGGUUCCGGUUUUGUGUGGUUGCUCCUUAUCUCUGCCACCCGGCAUCCUUCCGGGGUGGUGCGUAAUAUUCGCCCACCCUCGAAGACGGAUGCUGCCAAUGAACCGCAAAACAUUCGUUACAGCUGGAUCGGCAAAACUGGGGACGCACUCGCUCAUUUCCUUUCCAGUGUCUUCCCAACAAAACCUCCCGCGCGCGCGUUUGUCAAACCUGAGACCUGCCAAAGCAGCACAUCAAAACAAGUCGCACACUUCGGGUCAACGGAUUCAUCCCGCGGUAUCCUGCGGGGGAUGGUGCGGCACCCGACCUCCCCCCCGGUUAGGAGUUCCCGAAAAGACCGGACGAACGGCCGAACUCGCGCGCGUACUCGAGCACGAGUACGAGAUGAGCCUGACGUAGCCGAAUUCUGCACCCCUAGUCAGUCAGUCGCCAGCCGGUACAUUCAUCGGUGCAUGUGCGUCGCAGAAGUCCUUCGAACGGGCGUGCGUAUACGUGCCUCUUUUCGGCCCAACGAGAGCAAUAACAAAAAAAAAACACCCCGCGAACAGGAUAUACCAGAUGGUGUGGAGCGUGAUGGCAUACUAACGCCAACGGUGUUCCGUAGUGACGCAGGAUCGUUUGUGAUCGAUUGUUUCGUGCGAUAAUUCACUAGAUCGUUAUUCUUGAACGUAUUGAAGGAACUGAGACUUGUUUAGGAAGUAGCAAAUGAUAUCCAAAGUACAGUAGUUACGCUAUCUCCAAUAGUUAUAGACAACUGUAUGUUUUGCGCUAGAUCUCCCCAGUAGUGAAGUGAGAAGAGCUAAAGGUGUAAUCUUAGUUUGUAGUGCAUAUUUUGAUCGUGUCCUUGGUGCAAUAUGGUGUUUCCAGUAUCCUGGAGAUAUAAUCUCACCUUACCGGUGAUGUAUCUACUGGUGUUGGGCGCGCUGUUGCUUGCAUCGACACCGACCCACGCGGUCAAACUCGACGAAGGUACAUUCUCCAAGCAUGCCGCGUACGAUCCCUGCUACGAUGAGGAUCGUCCACGCCGCUGUCUGCCCGAUUUUGUAAAUGGCGCCUUCGGUAUGCCGGUGGUAGCGUCCUCCACAUGCGGCCAGCGUACACUGGAGCGGUUGUGCGAUGUGCAGCAGGUACGGCCGCGCUGUGUCCAGUGUGACGAUGGGAACCCGCGCAAACGCUAUCCACCAACCGCGCUGACCGAUGUGAACAACUCGAACAACGUUACCUGUUGGCGUUCCGAACCGCUACGAUCACCCGCAUCCAUCAACGAUCCACCGGACAACGUAACGCUAACGCUCUCGCUCGGCAAGAAGUACGAGCUGACGUACAUCAGCCUUACGUUCUGUCCCGGUACCAUCAAACCGGACUCGAUCGCCAUUUACAAGAGUGCGGACUACGGUAAGUCGUGGCAACCGUUCCAGUUUUACAGCUCCCAGUGCCGGCGGGUGUACGGUAGACCGAACCGGGCGACGAUCACGCGUGCCAACGAGCAGGAGGCACGCUGUACCGAUGCGCAUCGGCACGGCGGUGAAUCGGGCAUCGGUGGCACCGGACCGAGUGUGUCACGGAUCGCUUUUAGCACGCUGGAAGGACGACCGUCGGCACCGGAUUUUGAUUCCUCGCCCGUACUGCAGGAUUGGGUCACCGCUACCGAUGUGCGCAUUGUCUUCCACCGUCACCAAAUGCCGCCGGAAGAUUCGUUUGAAGAUCCUUGGUAUUUGUUGCAUAGUUCCGCCCAGGUACCGGCAUCCUUCCGCCGGCAGCCACGCGAUCUAGAGGAGGAACAGAACGUUUCUGAGCAGGAAGAGUUCCCGACCCUAUCCACAACGCCCGACUACCAGUCCGAGGAAGCGCCCCAGGUUCGAUCACAAUCAAACGCAUCGGAACCGGUAAACUCAUCCAUCAAACCACCUGCGGAGUUGCUGCCGAGCGGACGGUCUGGGUCGUCGACGCGACAACAACCGCACCAUCAUUACGCGGUUUCCGACUUUGCCGUCGGUGGACGCUGCAAAUGUAACGGGCAUGCCUUUCGCUGCAUCCCGAUCGGGAAGGAGAGUGAGGUGAGCUGUGACUGCAAGCACAACACCGCUGGACGGGACUGCGAACGCUGCAAACCGUUCCACUUCGAUCGUCCGUGGGGACGCGCCAAUGCACGGGACGCCAACGAAUGCAAAGCCUGCAACUGUAACGGACACGCACGCCGCUGCCGUUUCAACAUGGAGCUGUACAAGAUGUCCGGCCGGAUAUCCGGUGGCGUGUGUCUAAGCUGCCGCCAUGCGACUACUGGACGUCACUGUCACUACUGCCGGGAGGGUUACUAUCGGGACGCAACUAAACCAAUCAGCCACAGGAAGGUUUGCAAAGCUUGUGACUGUCACCCGAUUGGAUCGUCUGGUAAAACCUGCAACCACACAACUGGCCAGUGUCCGUGCAAAGAUGGCGUUACGGGGCUAACCUGUAACCGGUGUGCCAGAGGUUACCAGCAGAGUCGUUCACACAUCGCACCGUGUAUCAAAAUCCCGAGGGUCAUAAACAUGGUACAUUCGCAAAAUACAGCACCGGAAGAGAAUCACCAGUACGCCGUCAGCAGUGGAAAUCAUGAGCCGGAAGCACCCUCCUACCGGAUGCAUGCCGGACGGGAGUGCGGAAAGUGCAAAAUCAGCACAAAGCGGCUAAAUCUAAACAAGUUUUGCAAAAGAGAUUACGCAAUAAUGGCCAAAGUGAUCGGAAAGGACACGAAACCCGACAACGGAAUCACGAAAGGCAGCACCGGCAGCGGCAACAUCGGCCACAACCAACACCCGUACCAGCAACCGUACCAACCACAGUCGCAGCGAUACCGAAGCUCACCACCAGAGGACGCCGUGGUCCAGUUCCGUCUAAGCGUGCAAAAGGUGUUCAAGCGAAGCCGCAAUCCCGUCAGCCCGCUGGCCAAAGCGUCGAAAUGGUCGGACGUACCGUACAUCGUCAGCGCACACGAUCUGGACUGUCGAUGUCCAAAGCUCAAAGUACAUAGAUCCUAUCUUAUCCUGGGCAACGAUUCGGAGGGACCAACGGGGAUGCUGGGCGUUGGACCUCGCUCCAUACUUAUCGAGUGGCGCGAUGAGUGGCAUCGGCGAUUGAGAAAGUUCCAGCGACAGGCCGACCGGACCUGCCACUGAUUGGACACAUCGGUGUGAUAAACCCCCAAAUGCCCAAAGUGAAUCCAAAGCCCGUACUUCUAUGCCCUGUACACGAUACGUAUCAACAUUGCUCCCGGAAAGGAUGGCCGUAACUUAUUUUCUCAGACGUGCGAACGGUUUUAUUGGAGAUACUGCAAGUUCCGUACUAUUCCUGUUGGGACACUAGUUAGUAUUCUUCUCCAGGAGGUCGUUGGAAAAUUGAUUUAUUUCUGCUAUGCUAGUAAUGCGCUAUAGUUAGUUUCGUAGUACGAUUCCAAGCACGAAACGAACUUUGUGCGAUUGGGAUUUUUUGUCUUGGAAAGACCUUUAUUAGCGCAAUACUCUAUGCUAUUUUCAAUACUGUAAGCUGCGUUGCAUUUGUACUUUCUUAUACAUUGUAGCAUAAUUCCUGCUCAAUCGUCAGUACAAUACAUUUGGUAGUUGAGGGAGACACAAACUAACAAUCCGAUUGUUGUUGAAAUGGAACAUAAAUCAAUGGAAACAACAUCUUCAAACAUUCUCUAACUGAAGACAGUCUUGUUUAUGACAAAACAAGGUAAAGCAAAGCUAUAAAUAUGAUUUUGUACUGCGUAUUGCAUACCUUUAGGUGGUGAGACUAAGAAGGACUAUUUAUUAUAGAAUUGACGUUUUUGUUUUUUUAAACCGUUUUUUUUAACGCUAGAACAGAAGAACAUUGCAUACCAUUAAAUAAGACGUUUGGAACCAUUUCAACCACCUUCGUUAGAUAGUUCUUAAAAAGAUCAAACCAGUUCUCCCCAAAUUCAAACAACGAUGAUUCGUCUUGUACAAAUACAUAAGCGUAAUAGCAUCGUUCGAUCGCAAGUUUAUAAAAAAAAACACACACACAUGCAACAAUAUUUUAACAACGAUGAAGUGUUCGUUUAUCUCAAAAUAGCUGCUGUAAUAUUUUGCUUUAUCGAUUGUAACGAAGCUUUCCAAUAAUGUUCUGUGAAAAGUUAUACAGAAUCAAGUUAACAACUAUACGUUAACUACCAAAAUAAACGGUAGGGAGUGUAAGCAUGUUUGACAAACAUAAAUCAUUACAUUUUGUUUUAAACCAGCCACGAUUGGCUCAGAAGGAGGCACUUCCAUUCGGAUUCCUGUAUUACUCCCCAAUAUUAUCUACUUAAGAAGCGUAUAAACACUAAACGUAAUGUGAAGGUUCCGAACGGAUGAGUCGAACUUGUAGAUUAAGAAUUCCAUUUUCAAUCACUAGAACCGUCAGGCAAAAACCAUUGUCGGGAAGCCCUUAUAUUUGGAGGGCUAUAUAUCAUGUCAUGUUAGAACUAUAUCAACCAGCCCACAAGUGGAGUUCCGCCGCGUGUAGCAACCUUUCAAACUCUUUGUACAUUUCACAUGCCUCUGUUUUAUAUGUAUAGAAUCCAGAUUAAUGUGUAGGUGAAUGGACGCGAACGCACCACUAGGUUUAAUGUGAAGCGUUACAAUACGAUAAACGAUUUUUCUUUUCUGCUUGUCACAGUGUAUACAUUAAAUAACAUAACUUUUACUACAUUUAAACAUGGAAAACCUACACAGUUUGUAUUGUGUUAAACGUCACACAACAGCGAAAUAUAUAACGCGACACGUUUACUGUACGAUGGAGUAUUGAGAAACAAAACUCAACGUAAAAGAUGAAAUAAAAUUUUGAUUACUAAAGAAAAACAAACCAACUUAA